AUGUUGAUGUACAUUGUUGUGUUUGUUCUUCUCUUCAGUGGUUGCAUGGCCAACAAAGUGGCCGAUUCAGUCAUUGAAAAAUCUUGCAAAAACAUCUCAGACUCUAUAAUAGUGGAAACCAUUACAAAUUUUGAAAAGGAUUGCAUUUCAUAUCUCAAAGAGAACCCGGAGAGCCAGAAAGCAAGAAAUAUGGAUGAUUUGAUCAUGGUAGGGCUGAAUAAUGCCAUAUCAUACUUAACGAAGGUGAAAAGAAUUGUGGAGACGAUUAUUAAAGAGAGGAAAUAUAAGAGUAGCCUUAGUAAGAAGUCGUUGGAAGAUUGCCUUAAGCUUUACUCCAAGAGCGCUCACAUGUUAACCUCUGGUUUGAAUUACCUCAAAAAGGGGGAUUUCGAGAAGGCUCGGUUUGAAAUGAAUGAUGCAGAUGAAGCACCAAUAUUUUGCGAGCUAAAAUUCAACGGCUAUAAUAAACAGAUAUCUCCCGUGAAGAAGGAGAACAAUCUUCUCUUAACAUUAAUCUAUAUUCCUCUACAAUUCCUUUUCGAACAUAUACUAUAA